UUCACCUAGGAAACCAUUACUGGCGUUAAACAUGUUGAAUUAUAUAAUUUGUAUAUUAACACGGGGGUGAAUUAAAUAACGUUAGCCCGCUGGUGCUAGCUAACAGUGAGGCUAUAGAGCCAAGCCCAUCGCGGCUGUCAGUGGUUUCAGGAGCAUGAGUGAUGGAGCAGGCGAGGCUUUGUAAUAACAAAGGUUUAAACGCAGAGCAGGAGGUUUAUGUGGGUGCUUGUGCUUAUUUAGGCUGGGUUAGCUCAGCAGGUGAUGCUAAUAUAGAAAAUGUGUGUUAGUGUUGUAAUUUAAGGCUGGGCUUGUUUAUGUACACCUGCUUUAUAGCACAGUAGUAGGCCUGUGUUGAGGUUUAUUCUGCCCUUCCCAGUACAUGGCUUCUCAGUCAUAUUAUGUUGAUGUUCAUCAGUCAUCUCUACAUAAUAACUGCCAUGUAACUGUGUUUUUGGCAAAGAGCCACAGCUAUGUGAUGCAAACAUGGUGGGUGAUGGUAUCACAGCCUAAGAUAGGAAUCACAGUAAAACAUGUAUGUCAGGCUUUUUCACUGUGUGUGUGUGUGAGAGCCAGCUUAUGUCUCUUGCUUGGAGAUGAUUUGCAUCUGUCGGCGUGAUGGUGUACACUGUAGGUCUCCCCCAGCAGCCAUGAAGCUUCGACUGCACUGUGUGGUGGACCCCAUGGGCUGGCUGUGUAUCAGCAUGGUGUUUGGGAUCUGGCUCUACAACUCUUUCUUUAUCCCGAAACUGGUUCUACAUCCACAUUACAAUGAGGGACACAUCCCGUGGGCCAUUGUUGUUUGUUAUUACAUAGCAUCAGCGCUCUGCAUAGCGGCCCUAUUCAGAGCCUCCACAGCAGAUCCUGGCCGUCUUCCUGUGGACCCCCACAUACCUCACUCUGAGCGAGAGCACUGGGAGUUGUGCAAUAAGUGCAACUUAAUGAGGCCCAAAAGGUCGCACCACUGCAGUCGUUGUGGCCAUUGUGUACGCAGAAUGGACCACCACUGCCCUUGGAUCAAUAACUGUGUGGGAGAAGACAACCACUGGCUCUUCCUGCAGCUCUGUUUCUACACUCAGGUCCUCAGUUUGUUCACCCUGGUGCUGGAUUUCUGCCAGUACUAUUACUUCCAGCCACUGACAGGACUAGACCAGGAGAAGUUUACAACACGGCAUGAACUGGCUCUGCUGCGGGUCUCGGCGCUCAUGGGUUUGGUCAUGUUUGGUGGCAUGAGUAGCUUGUUUUACACUCAGAUGACAGGCAUCCUUUCCGAUACUACCACCAUUGAGAAAAUGGCUCAGUUCUCAAAUGAAAUAUACGGCUCAAAGAAAGCAUGGCAGUGGGCACUAGCUGAAGUUUGCGGCACUCGCUGGAAACUCCUGUGGCUCAUCCCGCUCCGAAGCAGGCAGCCGAUCCAAGCCAGCCACCACUUCCGCACCCACGUGUAGGCUGGUGACACUACAGUACCUCCUGCCUGCACAGAUGGCCCAGACUGGCAGUAAACAGGGUCAAGAAACACCUAAGGGAGUGAUGGGAAAAUGUUGCUUUUUUACUCACUGUGACUGCUACUUUCAGCAUUUGGAAACCACUUUUAAUGGCUAAUUGAAUCGGAAGGAUGGAAGUCUUCACCUGAAAACGGCGAAAGGGACCCCUCUCAGGUUACAUUAACAAAGAGCCUUCACUACUGACCUUUAAUCAGCUCCAGGCAGAACCAGUGUGUCUAUCAGAAAGGCAUUUUUUGUAUAAAGUUUGUGCCUUGUUUCUUUUACAUAUGUCUUUUUUUGUCAUGCAUGAGCAGUGUUUAUGUUUUUAUGUUUUCUGGUUGGUGAUCCUCCAGUUUGGAGUAUUCUUGUGAAUAGUGAAGGGAUCUGGUGUCAACUGCAUUCCUUUAAAUGGUGAGCAUUUGAUGAUUCAUGAAUGUUUUAGUCCAUUGUUCUAUGAACGUUUUAUCUAUGAAGUGAUGUUUUAUGAAGCAUGGCCACAGAACAAAGUUCACAACUUGAAUACUGAUAUGUGAUACUUUUAUGACACAUGACCAGCAGGGUAUGAAGAUGUGUAAUAGAAAGCAGACAGUUAACACUUCACCAUGCUGUGGUAAAAAUCAAAAAUCAGAAACAAGUUUGUAUUAUCAAUCUAAGGCUGUAUAUGUUGUAAUCAAACCUGCUGUACAUUCAAGUUGUUUCUCUGAGUAUGAAAAAUUCAACAGCAAGUUUAAUAUGACCUGAUCAUGAACUGUUGUGAAGUUCCUAUUGAAGACGCUUCAGUGUCACAUACUAUUAUCAAAGAUAACUUAAAUCAUUAUGGGAAAUACAGUUUUUGGCUUUCUCGCCAGUGGCGCCCCCAAGGGGUGGACCAUGGCCUCCCUAAUACAGUUGCUGCCCCCCCAGUGAUAUUACUGUCUCUCAGAUACUGUGGUGUGUUCAGGAAGAAGUAUCUUGUGAAACCAGCCAACCCAAGGCACCCAUUGGUACCAGGUAUGUGGGCAUAGCUUGUCAGGAAAAGGCUAAAAAAAUGCUCCAAAGGUAGGCUAAAUUUUGGUGAAGGAACAAAUGGCAUGGCCUUUUUCAAAGGGGUCCCUCGAACUGUCACCUGAAGAUAUCUGAAUGAAAAUGGGUUUUAUGGGUACCUGCUAAUCUCCCCUUAACUUGAGGUUCGUUCCCAGUAAAUGUCCUGUUCCUUACAAUCAAUGUACUCCUUCAAAUUAAAGUUGUAUAUGUCUUAUUGAGGAAAAGGAAAACCAGCCAUUUUGAAGAACAAUGAAUCGCUUAACAUGUGUCCAAACAUAACACAUUAGGGCCCCAGUCACACAGAAAGCAUUUUAGCAGCUGGAGGUGGCUUUUUGUAAUUGUUUUUAAUGAGAAUGGAACCUUUUGCUUGCGGUUUCUGCGUUCUAGGCACCUAGCGUUUUUGCCACAGCGCUCUGAACUUCAGCUCAGAGCAGAAAAGCACCCCGCGUCAUCUCUUUUUUCGUCAUCUUUUUUUCCCAUAGUCUAAUAGGAUGGUUUGAGAGGCGAGCCUUUUGUGGUGGUCACGACAACAAAUUUACAGUUGGUAAACAGUGGAGGAGAAACUGGUGGUAGCAGUUGCUGGACACCCAAAGCUAUACGACCCUAUGUUAGACAUCGGGUUGUCAAACUGCCCCCGAGUCAUCCUAAAAUAUGCCUGGAAAUGGCUAUCAUCGAGGUGAAGCCCCUGGACCAACUGGUGAUCCACCCUCAUUAUUUUGGUGUGCCACCACAAGAUUUUCAGUGAACACAGCUAUGAAAAAUUUCUGGGGUCGCCACUGUUUCGUGUCAACACUAAGAUGAGAGAAACGAUGCUCACUUGCCAGAAAGUGAUAUUGAUCUUCUCAUCUAACUCUAGCCAAGAAAGCUAAUUCCUGUAAUCCCCAAAAUACAGAACUGUUCCUUUAAAUCAGUCUGUUUAGCAUAAGUCUGCUCUGUCAACCAUAGCACUUACAAUGCAUCGGCACAAAUCACUUUGGAACACGACUUUAAUUUUAUUAUUCUUGAAAAUAUAAUUUGUGAUUUAUAUUUAGCAUUUUAGUGCUGUAUCUGUCAUAGUUAGGUCUUAAAUGUGUCUGAUAUAGUGGCUUUAUAAAUGCGUAUCUUUAUCAGUAAUAUAAGAACUAGCAGAUUAGCUAUGUCGUGACAGUACAGCUAGUUAAAGGUUGACACAACACUGAUUUAUUUAUAGUGGUUUUGCUGUAUUGCUAUGGUACUGUUUAGAGAUUUUAUCGAAUUCUUUAACGGGAUACUUAAGGAGGAAAUGAUUCAGUGCAUAAUAAUACUGGCAUAGCGUGGUUGUCAUUGUCUAUAAUACUUGGCAAUCCCAUAGCUAAACCUGUAUGUAAACAAAGCUUGCCAUGUGUGGGAAAUAUAACAAUAUCCAAGUAGUUUAAGUGCCUUUCUAGGUCUUCUUUUUACUCUCACGGUACAUCAUCAAUAUGUUGGUCUCCAUAGAAACCAAAGACCUGGGGAAAUGUUGCAAUAGUCAGAAAGCAUUCAGUAAAUGCAUGUUUCACCAAAUUUCUGAAGGUAGCGGUUCAAUAUUAUGCACUGAUUUUCACACGAGCACACUGCAUCAACUGCAUCAGUGGUACUCUUGAAAGUCUCCACUUAGAGUUAUUGUGUUUAAUGUGUAUCUGUUUUAUUCAUAUCUUAAAUCAGAUCGGUCGCAUCUGCAUGAGUGUGUGUUGAUUGAACUUUGCUCAGUGGUUUUUAUAACUCAGAUUCAGGUUCUUGGAUGUUUGUGUGAAUUAUUAUUGUUUUUAUGUUUUGGUUUGUUUGGUGGUGAGAUCAUUGGUGGGCAGAUUUGUGUGACUGACAUUAAAUACAGGGGCACUGAUAGAUUAUAUUCACUUUCUUUUACAAGUAAUUUUUGAAAGCAAUAAGCAUUGUGUAUAAGUAAAGCCAUCCAAGUUGUUACGACAGUAGUGAAAAUCUGAUAUGUAUUGUGAAGUAUGUAAACUGGAAGGAUGACUUUCACUUGUUACUCACUUACCAGUGAUUACCUGACUUAAACGUGUGUCAAUACUUCAGUAACUUUAGAGAGGAUUAAUACUACUGUAGCUGCUGUGUAUAGUUUUCCAGUAAAUCUUCAAUGAACAAUAUGUCAGCCUCAACACCUCAUGUUGUCAGAAACAACAACAGACAGGCUACAGAUAGUUUGAUUUAACAACAAGAGCUGCAGCAUUCAUCUGGUGUCCCCCAGGGCUCUCAGCUUGGAUCUGUGCAGUUUUGUUCACAUUGUUCAUUUGCUGUUUUUGGAAUUUGUUUUCAAGCUUUUUUUUUAUCAUUAUUUUUAUUCAGACCUCAAACACUGGAGCAGUUACGUUUUGUGAAUUAAAUUAUACACCAUAAAUAUGUUAUCCAUUUCUUUAUGUCUAGAAAGCCUAUAAAAAUGUUAGAGAACUGUAUUGUGGUUAUAUAAAAUAUAUAUAGGUAUUCAUAUUCUAAUAAAUUAGA